AACAUGAGAUAUUGUUAUCACUAUAUAUGUCACGAUCUUCUACAAAGCAAACAGUUAAUUGACCCUCUGCCGCGGGAGGCAACGCAUCUUCAAUUGUAUUCAUUUAUACAAUACUUGAAUAUGUUCAAAGUAAUAAGAGACAAAUGCAUUAGAAAUAAAGCGGUAAAAUAUUUGGACAGUUUGAGGAAUGGCAGUAGAUCGUAUGCGACCAAUAAUGAAAUUGUGACUUCAGCUGAUAUUGUGAUUAUUGGCGGAGGAAUUGCGGGCUGUAACACUUUGUACCAACUUAGUAAAAGAGGAGCAAACGCUGUGCUUCUAGAAGCAAACAGACUUACGAGUGGAACAACGUGGCACACAGCUGGUUUAGUGUGGUCACUGAGGCCAAGCGAUCUAGAAGUGAGACUAUUAGAAGACUCCAGAAAAGUCUACAGUGGUUUAGAAGAGGAGUCCGGAGACUAUGCUGGCUGGAUUAACAAUGGCGGCAUGUUUAUAUCGCGCAGUAAGGUACGCACAGAAGAAUACAUGCGACUACACACUCUGGGGAAGGCGAUGGGGGUGCCAAGCGAAGUUCUAGAUCCCACUGAAGCCCAGAAACUGUUCCCUCUUUUGGACCCAUCAGUAUUUAAAAUGGCGCUAUACUCGCCCACAGAUGGUACUAUCGACCCUGCAAUGGCGUGUAAUGCUCUUGUUAAAGUAGCAACUAAAAAUGGCGGGAAGAUUUACGAAGAUUGCCCUGUGAUUGAUGUCCACUAUGCACACAAUAUAUUCGGCAAUAAAGAGGUGACCGGUGUACACACAGACAAAGGAUUUAUUAGAACUAAAUGUGUUGUAAAUUGCGGAGGUGUUUGGGGUCCACGAAUAGCUAGAUAUGCAGGUGUGCCUUCAUUGCCCAUAAUUCCCUUCAAACAUGCGUACGUCGUAGCAGACGCGAUCCCAGAGAUCCGCGGAUGUCCUAACAUCAGAGAUCACGAUGUCAACUUAUACUUCAAGAUACAAGGUGAAAGUUGCAACAUCGGCGGCUAUGAACAUAAUCCUAUUAUGUUAGAUCAGGUUUCAGACAGCCAACAUUUCCACCUAUACGACUUAGACUGGGACGUGUUUAGCGUUCACAUGAACAGUGCAGCGUCUCUAUGUCCCAAACUUGCGAACGUUGGUGUGAAGAGCACUGUGUGCGGUCCGGAGUCCUUUACUCCCGACCACAAGCCGAUACUGGGGGAAGAUCCCAAUGUAUUUGGAUUGUAUCACAACUGUGGCUACAAUUCAGCGGGGAUGAUGUUUUCGGCUGGUUGCGGCAUACAAAUGGCGGAAUGGAUAAUCACUGGAAGACCCCACUACAACAUGUUCACAUUCGACGUGAGCCGCUUCACACCGGGUCAGCUGUCCCGACCGCACUGGGCGCGUGAGAGUAGCCACGAGGCUUAUGUCAAGAACUACAGUGUCGUGUUCCCGAAUGAUGAGCCGCUAGCUGGUCGUGACGCGAGCCACGAUGCGUUGCACCAGGAGCUUAUAGACGACGGCGCUGUGAUGCAGGCCAGGGCUGGGUGGGAAAGGCCUGGUUUCUACUUGCUGGGGGAAAAGAUUCGAGUGCAGCAGUACGACUGGGGUGGCGUCAAUGACUACCCUCGCAAUUUAGAUCUCCGGUACGAAGAAGUUCUUAAAGGAGACUACACGUUCGGAUUUUCGAAACACCACGACUUGAUUGGUGCCGAGGCACUGGCCUGUAGGAACGCGGCCGCCAUGUUCAACAUGUCGUACUACGGCAAGCUGUAUCUCACCGGACCCGACGCGCAGCGAACCGCCGAGCUGGCCUUCACUGCUGAUUUAUCUAAGGGAAAGGACAGAGUUGUCUACACUCUGCUCCUGAACGACAAAGGUGGCGUAGAAGCUGAUCUAACUGUCAGCAUCCUUGAUGGAGGUCAAGGUUCCCUGCAUGAACCUAUUUUUAAAGGGCGCGGAUACUACUUAGUAACUCCAGGCUUCAGUGCGAACCACACGGCGUCUAUACUAAAGCGAGUCAUACACAAGUACAAGCUGCGAGCCAACGUCACAGACGUUACCAAACAGCUUUGCAUCCUCGCUAUACAAGGACCGGAUAGCCAACGUAUUCUGCAACGAUACACAGACGCUGGUCUGUCCAACGACGCAUUCCCAUUACAUACGCAUCGCAGCAUAAGCGUGACUAAAGCACCUAACGCCCCUGACAAUAAGAGUUAUACUUGCCGAGCACUGCGCGUGUCGUGGGCGGGGGAGUUAGGCUGGGAGCUGCAUAUACCUUCCUCGCACGCUAUACAGGUGUACAAGGCCUUGAGGCAGGCGAAGGGACUGAGGAACGCUGGCUGGAGGGCGUUAACUUCUCUCAGCGCUGAGAAAGGCUUCCACUUAUGGAAUGCAGAUUUGAGAACUGAUGACAAUCCGGUCGAGUCAAAUCUGGGUUUUGCGUGUCGGAAAGGCGGUCAAUACAUCGGCAACGAAGCUGUUACCAAAGCCAGGAAGAACGGAGUAAACAAGAAGUAUGCAUACUUCACAAUUGAUGAUAAGAUACCGCUAUUUGGUCAAGAAGCUAUAUUCAGAAAUGGGAUGCCCGUUGGAUAUAUACGAAGAGGGGACUAUGCAUUUUUCCUUGACAAACCAAUAGGUAUCGGCUACAUAACCAACGACGGGUCCGUUGUUACAAAUGAUUUCUUACAAAAUGCCGAAUACGAAAUCGAAGUUAUGGGCAAGCGGUAUAAAGCGAACCUUCACCUAAGGUCGCCUUUCGAUCCAACAGGGCAAAGGAUGUUAGGAAAUUAUGGGGCUCUAGGUAUGGAUGAGAAUACUCAUGAACCUCACGCUGGACAGAACGAGAGGGCGGGCGGUAGCGAAUAGUGAAAUGAUCUCAAUAAAGAUUUAGUUUAUAAUA